AGCCGGCGCUCCCACUGAGCAGAGCGUCAGGCCGUCGACGGGCUUACUGCUUCACUGCCCCGCGCGAGCGAGUGAGCUGACACACACUCGCCGGCUGCCGCUCACUCUGACACAUGCAGACGGGCUCGCUCCCUCCCUCCCUCUCUUGGCAACACAAACACACACUCACACACAGUCAGUCAUCAACCCUCAUUCAACUCCUUCCCAGCCACGGGUCAGCAGCUCAGACAGGCAACUUGUUCCCGCCCAGCUGGAAAGAGCAGACCAUCGCAAGGUGCACACAUACACACACGCACGCACGCAGACACACAUACAGAGAUAUACAUGUAUAUAUAAACACAAACACACAAGCAUCAUCCUUCAGGACUUUCAACGGGAAGGCAACCUUCACGGCGAGGAGGAGAGCGGAGCGAGUGGAACUUUCAUCAAAUGAAGAGAUGUGAAAGGAACAAGAUGACAACCGUCGGAGGAACUUUGACAAGCUUGUUGCAGACUCUCGCACUGGGACGUCUCCCAGCCAUCAGCAUGCCUACAGCUUGCACCGGGGGAGUGUGACCCACCAUGUGCAGAUGGACGCCAUCCGUCGCUCACCUCCAUCCGCCUGAACCCUCCGAUGCCACGGCCAGGCGACGGCCUCCCCCGCAACCCGGCGCGGCCUCCUUCUGCCUGGCCUUGCUGCUGGCCACCACGGCCGCCGCCUCGGGGGCCUGCACUCCCGGGCUGGGACGCGAGCCCCUUCGGGUUCUGGCGGGCGGCGCCAACUGCUCGUGGACGUUGGAGAGGCAUACGAGAAGUUACAAUCACCUGGAGGGCGACGUGCGGCUACGGCGGCUUUACUCGGCCAACAAGUUCUUCCUGUGCAUUGACAAGACGGGCAAGGUGGACGGCACGCGGCGGAAAAACUACGCUGACAGUCUGAUGGAAAUCCGAUCUGUCAGUGUGGGAGUUGUUGCCAUCAAGUCUGUCAGCACCGGGCUGUACUUAGCCAUGUCCAAGAAGGGCACGCUCUUCGGAUCGGUCAAGUACAACCCAAGCUGCAAGUUCAAAGAGCGCAUCGAGGAGAACGGCUACAACACCUACGCCUCGCUACGCUGGAAGCACGGUGGCAGGCAGAUGUUCGUCUCGCUGAACGGGCGGGGGAAGCCGCGGCGAGGCCACAAGGCCAGGCGAAGACACCCGUCCACUCACUUCCUCCCCAUGCUGCCCUCCUAGCUCGCCUGACAUCGGAUACGACAAAGCGGACGUCUUCAUUCCCCAUCCAUGUGUCACAUAUAUGUACAUUUGAUCAGAUUUGUAAUGUUUAUUUGUAGAGCUAGCUUGUGCUUUUAAGUUAUUUUCCCCAUGUUGAAAAAGACUUUGACAGUAGAGUGGUACUUUCCUCAGGCGUGUAUGUGUUUGAGUCAACUGGAUCUGUUGAACUGAAAAAAGUCAAUCCACAAAGUACGUCAGACAGCAAAGAUCACAAAGAAGUCUCACAGCUGCCUUGGAUACUGGACUACUUAAGAGAGCACAAACCCAAGCCGUCUCGACAUAGGUGGACUACUAGCCGGUUUUCGAUGAGUCGUAUGUUGUGUGCAUGCACCCCUCAAGCAUUAUCACUGUGUCUCUAAUGCGUGCACCCUUCACUUGGUAAUCUUAAGUCAACUAACCCGUUUCCACAUUGGCCUACAUUACAUAGAGGCUGUAGGUGCACUUGAUGUGACGUAGCAGCUACAGUUCCGUUCAUGCAUUUUGUACACUAAAUAAAUGGUUCUUGCUAACAUUUUUCUCAACAAGGCUAAUAAAACAUUUAAUAUAUUCAA